AAAACUCACGCAAGGUCCAGUUCGUCCUCGCCCACGCCCUCAACUCGUGAGUUCUUCGUCCGUGCCGUCUCCCUUGCCUGCGCCGCCGGCGUCAAGGAGCUCCUCCGCCCGCCCCGCCGUUCUGCCGCCCGACCCAGCCGCUGCCGCGGCCCACCCAGGCUCUGCCCCUCUGCUGCCUCUCCUGCUCGUCGGCGCCGGCCCUUCCCUAGCGCAGAGCUCACCGGUCACGAGCUCGGAUCCGCCUCUCCUGCCUCUUCUGCUCCAGCCAGCGCGCAGAUCUCGCCGGCCGCUCCCCUGCGCACGAAGACAUCGGCCUCGACGACUCCCACUCGCGCUCAGACGUCGUGAAUCGGGGAUGACUCUGUCCCCUCGAUUUUCAGGGACGGCAGUCAGCCGAAUAUGCUCCUAAUAUUCCAGUUCCAUCUUGUCGGUGUACCACGGCUGACGGCUGAUGCCCUGCAGAUCCAGCAAAGGCAACACUGAGCAGCCCCUACGACUUUGACCGUCCUGCGACCUGUGGAUCUGUUCCAGCCGUUGAUUGAGCUACCUGCUCCAACCCGAGUAGCCUGUGUUGAAGGUAUGGUUGGCUGAAACUUAUAAAAAAGCUAGCUAAGGAAACAGGGCCAAAGUGAGCUCCAGACAACAAAAAGAAAGGAGCUCCAUGGAGAAAGAUGACGUGCGGGUGGACCUCGACAAGCUCCCCAUCAAGCGCCUUGAGGCCAUUGAUGAGAUUGGCAACGAGCACUACCCCCCGGACACUAGCAACGAGGAGCAGCGACUCGCGGCCAUCCGCCGGAUUGACUUCUCCUGGGUCAUAGAGAAGGAUGCAAAGAAGGCCAAGAAGGCGGCUGAGGCUGACACUACCCAGCAGGUAUGGCCCUGGCAGGGCCUUAUGGAGAGCCUGCAGCAGGCACAUCAUGAGCUCUCCGUCGUCAUAGACCUCAUUGGCACGGUUGAGGCUAAUGACGCUGUGGCAGUCGCCUCGACAACGAAGCCCAAGUCGCAGCCAAACGAAAUACUUGUUGACAUGGCAGUCUCUGCUGCCACCAAGCUCCAGCGCCUUAGGCAUUUGUCACGGUACUUCAAACAAUCUGCUAGGACAAUGGAGCAACAGUUCCAAAAGGAGACUAGGUUCUACAGCUCCUUAAUAAGAUUGCAGCAGAACUGGAAAGUGAAGCGGCAGCGAGCUGUUGGGAGUCCAGGAAGUGAAGGCUUCAUGUUUGAUCUAGUUGAUAGUUCUCAGCUAGACACAACAACAAUGCCUCGAUUAUCACCAUUAUCUUUAAUUCCGAUUGAUCAAGACUCUUCAGGCACUUUGUCUGUACAAAUACCACAGAAGUCUUUCCGUUCCUUGACCCUUCAAUUUCGUGGAGACAUAGCCAAUAAUGCAGAAAGAAGUGCUAUUAAAAAGAAAGAAGGCACGUUAACCAACACUACUACUGAAGCCGAAAAGGAUGUUUUGGAGAAUGGUGAUGUCAAUAAGUCUAUCAAACAUGCACAUUCCAUCCUUCGUGACAUCCACAAGUCCAUAUUUGAGGAGCAGGUAUUUGAUAUGGUGAUCCGGGAGACAUUUGUCCAAUCUCAAGGCAUCAAUGUCACUGGGAUGUGCGAAGAUUUUCUCCAAUUAGCGAUUGGCCAGGAGUGUUCUUUGUGCCUUUCGCUUGAGCUCUCUCGACAGAAUAGUAUCUCAGAAACAGUAGGGCAGGAAGAUCAUAUGGAUACAGAUUAUACUGAAAAUCUUGCAGUAGCCACUGUAAAUGGGAAGGAGUCUUCAAAUAAGGAUGUGAGAGGGUUUCCUAACCCCAAAUGCUUAGAAAUUUACCUGCUACAUAUGUUCCAUGAAAACAUUCUUAGGAAACUCAGGGAGAAAUCUCGUCAUAUGGUUCGUUACCAGAGUUCUGCUCAGGCUGCACCUGACGAUUGUGGCCUGCUAAGUCAUUUUUGCAUGACAGUGUCUCACAGGAUAUUUUCUAACAAAGUACAUUUGGAGCUGGAAAGUGUGGUUAGUAGGGUUCCUUAUCUCCAUCUGUGUUCCCUUCCUACAUGGCAUUCUCGGACGUCGUCCUGGUCUCUCUGCUUGAAAGUUCCUCAGCCUAUCCUGGCCACUGAUCGAGUCAGAAAGCCUUCAGAUCAUCACAAGCUAAAGUACAAAUCCAGGUCACAGUUUAGUACAAAGGUGAUCUUGAAAGAUGGCCAAAUUAGUUUAAUGGGUGAGGGCUCUCCAAGCAUUGCUGGAUCGUUGACUGGGAAGCCAUCUGAUGGACGUCUGAUAAAUAGUUACAAUUGUGACUUGGAAGACCUCCCAAUGAUGCUUCUGCAGCAGGUUGCCAGUCAAGUAAUCCACUGGCUCCAUGAUGAAGCGAUGGUUCUUGGGAUGAAUGUGACUAGAGAUUUCCUGUGCCUGUACUUUGACCUUGACCAAGGCGAAACACUUGGCCUAGUGGCACAUGUUGAUCCGGAUGACACAUAUGGCUGCAUCUCAUGGUACCUCACUGUUGAUCACCCAAUGGAGGAGGGGAAGAUGUCAGCGGAUAGUCCAGAGUUAGAGAAGCGUAGGUUUUUGGGGUACCUUUCACUGGAAGUGCUUUACUCUACCCUGAUGGACCUGAUAAAAUUGUGCAGCACAGGUGUCCAGCACUGAGACUCGGAGUGAUCAAAUUCACGCCUCUUGAUCGACAUGAGUGGAUGAGAUGAUGUAUAUUCGUACUGUAUUUGAGAGCAUGUAAAUUGGGGCAUUAUGUGCACCUGAUGUAUUUGCUAUGUGAACGAUAAUGCAUUGCUAGCUUUUUUUGUUAGGGUUUGUUUGGAUUCUUUGAUCUAAAGAUUAUUUGGCUAAAGUUGAUGGCUAAAACUUUAGACUUUAACUCAUGGGUGUGGUCUAUUUUUUUUAGGUUGUCUAAACUUUAAACAAGGCCUCAAGAGAAAGUGGUAUAAAGUUCACUGUCUAAA